GACUUUGCACCUUCAGGUGUGUCCUACCUCCCCUCCGAGCCACUCAGCCCUGCUCUGCCCUUCCAUGGAAGGCGCCAAGUGCCCAUUGGCCCGGGAAGAGCUGGAGCUCGCGGUGCUCGAGGGGCAGCCAGACGAGCAGACGCUGCUGAAUGGAGCCGUGCAGGUCAUCCCUUCCUCGGCCGAGGAGCUCCGCCGAGCCCAGGUUAGCCCCAGAAGCUCCUGGAGCUCCUGUAAUAAGAAUUUGGUGGGAAAGUAUAAACUGUGGAUGGCCAUCACCUCCAUUUUCCUAGGUCUCGUUAUAGUGAUCAUCAUAAGCUUAUGUCUUAUUGGAGCAACUUACAUUGAUGAAGAUGAAAAUGAAAUACUUGAAUUAUCGUCAAAUAAAACAUUCUUGGUCAUGGUGAAGAUUCCAGAAGAAUGUGUUACUGAGGAGGAGUUGCUUAACCUGCUUACUAAGAGGCUCACAGAUGUGUACAGUUCAUCGCCAUCUCUGAGUCGUUACUUUACUUCAGUUGAAAUAGUGGACUUCAGUGGUGAAAAUGCUACAGUAACUUAUCACCUGCAAUUUGGAGUUCCGUUGGAAGAUGACAGUUUUAUGAAGUAUAUGAUGAGUGAGGAGUUGGUGCUGGGCAUUUUGCUGCAGGAUUUCCAUGAUCAGAACCUAUCUGGUUGUGAAACUCUGGGACUUGAUCCAGCAUCCCUCUCUCUCUCUAUGAAUGAAGGUCUGUCUAUGUCUGAAAGCAGCCCUACACUGAGUUCUGGAGAUGAAGAAAAUUCAUUCCACUUUACAGAAAAGAUUCCAUGAAUUAAUGUAGAAGUGCUUGCCCGUGGCUGGCGGGGUGGAGGCUGACCGUUAUCUCGUUCUGCUUGGUCACGCAGCCUGGCUCCCUGCCCAGCACAGCAGUGCCCGAGUGAUGCCCAGGCUGGGUGGUGUCUUGAAAAAGGCAUGAAGCUCGAAGCCUGAUGGGGCUGGGGGGCGGUGGGGUGGGCAGACUGUGCAGCAUGAAGUCUCUGCUGUUUUGCAGCAGCGGCUGCUUGCACCCACACGUGGACACUUUCCCUUUAGUGUCAGGGUGCUGCUCUGCAUGGGGUGCCUGCUUGCAGACGGGAGCCCACUAACCCGUGCUGGUGGAGAGGGAAACGGGUAAUGUGAGCCACCGGGACCAGGGAGAGGCGAGCAGCUGGCCAGGUGAGGGAGACCUGAAGCAUUUCCUCACUGAAAUUCCUCCCCCUCUCCGUUAUACGUGAUCUACCUCUAAGCAAGGCUGUGAAGAAGAGGAAGGCGCUUCACAGGACCAGCGCAGCAUAGUUUUGUGUCUACUUUCAUAACCUCUAGCUGGAUAUCCUAGCAAACCUGUCUCCGUCACCUUGGAAUAUGUUACUGUGUUAUAGAAAUAUGUAUUUAUAUAUAUGUAGCUAUGGAAAUAUGUGUUUAUUAAUCAUUUCUUAACUUCACGUUGUUCCUGUCCCUUCUGAACACCUGUUUUGGAAGCAUGGGUCUGUGUGAGUUUUGGACAUAUUACUAUCAUUUUGGAUAGUCUACCGAUUUAUAUCCUCAUAAACUUCCACCAGAGAAUCGCUAAGACACUUGACAUCUGCUGUGGAUAGUGCACGUUGGCUUUUCAUUGCCCAGAGUGAAUUCCCUUCCUUAAGAUCCAGUGCCUCCAGGCAGUGACUGUGUAUCUUAUUAAAGGUGUUUGUGAAGCAGGAACAGGCAUUCUCUUUUUGAAAUGAACUGUUGGAAGCUUAAUGCCAGAUCAUUUGGGGGUGGGGGUAGUUUCAGCGACUGUGUUGGUGAGCUACAGACACAGAACUGCCUGUCGCGGUGGAAACGGCCCUUGUUUUGUGGGGGGAAUUGCUUUGCUGGUGAUUUUUCCAGCAGAAAGGGUUUUGUGGUCAUAUAAUGAGAUCGCUAGGCUGGAAGUCAGGGGGAGGCACAGCUGCCUGUAGGUCAGUGUGUGUAUCUCAGGCCAGAUUUGACCUGAGCUCUUUAUCACACAUGGAACUGGACAGUGUGAAUUUGCUUUCGUAUUUAACUAGAAGAGACAUUUAUUGUAACUCUGUCUCAUUUUAAGGAUAGUUCCUUAAACUAGUGAAACUGAUGAAUUUCCCCUCUUCCUCUUUAUUUUUUACAUGUCAAAUGUGAACUGCCUUGUGUUUGUAUUUUCUGCAAUAUAAUUAAGAACUUUAAAAGAGAUUGAUUUUAAAAC